AUGGGUGCUCAAGCAGUUUCCGAAGUCAAGACUAGCAGCACGUCAAUUGACUCGCUGAGAGCUGCAAUUCCCAAGCACUGCUUCCAGAAGUCAACGACAACUUCUCUGAGCUACAUUGUGCGAGACAUCGCCCUCGUCUGCACUGUAUUCUACAUGGGCACUCAGAUUCAAUACGCACCAUCAUUCGCUCUCAGAUGUGCCCUGUGGGCUCUUUACAGCGUUUUCCAGGGAUUCGUCUUUGUCGGUAUCUGGAUUCUCGCUCAUGAGUGUGGUCACCAGGCCAUGUUUGACAAUGGCGCCGCCAACGACACUUUCGGUCUUAUCAUGCACAGCUUUUUGGGUGUUCCCUACUUCUCUUGGAAAUACAGCCAUGCUAGACACCACAGAUUCACCAACCACAUGGAGAAGGAUACUGCAUUCGUCCCCGCAAAGAAGGACGACGGCAUGCAUCUCAUGUCCAAGGUCCAGGAAAAGGUCAAGGCGAUUUUCCACAUGACCGAGGAUGCACCUAUUGUCAGCUUGAUCUUCCUUGUUGGACACCAACUCAUUGGCUGGCAAGCUUACAUGCUCUUCUACGCCUCUUCUGGCUACAAGAGUCUUGCAAACUUCAAGGAUCCUCGUACCACUUCCAACCUCAGUCACUACUCUCCCUUCUCUCCUAUCUACCUUCCUUCUCAGCGUUUGGCUAUUCUGGUUUCCGAUCUUGGUCUUAUUGCUCUUUGCUACGGUCUUUACUACGCUACUCUGGUUAUGGGCUUGACUCAGGUUGCUCUUCUCUACGGUCUUCCCUACCUUUGGGUCAACCACUGGCUUGUUGCAAUUACUUACCUUCACCACAACCACGGUGAUGCCGAGCACUUUGAGCAGGGCACCUGGACUUUCGAGAAGGGUGCUCUGGCCACCGUCGACAGAGACUUCGGCUUCGUUGGCCGUGAGCUGUUCCAUGGUAUCAUUGAGUUCCACGUUGUCCACCACCUUUUCCCUCGCAUUCCUUUCUACCACGCUGAGGAGGCUACUGGUGCUAUUCAGCCUAUGCUCGGCAAGAAGUACAUCCGUGACAACACUUCAUUCCUCAAGGCUCUCUGGAGAGCCUGGACCCAACAUCAGUAUGUUGUGGACCACGAGACCAAGCCUGGUGUUCUUGUCUGGGCAAAGUAA